AACAUCAACAUUCAAACCCAUUGUAUUUGUAUGACCCGAAGCCCAAAUUAAACCCGUUCCAGUAGGAAGUUUUGCGGGUCGCCCCGAAUCACUCAAAAACCCUAAACCCUAGAAUCCUAAAUUCAUCUCAUUUCUGUUCUUCGAUUGUACCAAAAUCCUAAACCCAGAUAUGCACUUCAGGAAUCGUCUUGUACAUUCACUCAGAAGCACAAACCAUGAGUUUAGGGUUUUCAUGCUAUUCAAAGCAUCAAUUUCAAGCCUGAAAGUGGCAUGGCGGAAGGACCCAAAGCUAGACCAAGCAAUUGAAAACGACAAAAAGUGGAAGCAAUGUGCAAGAGUUGUCAAAGAAGUGCUAAACGAGCCGGGUCAGGCAAUCCCUCUUCACUAUUUGGAGAAACGCCGUGAAAGAUUGGGGUUGCAAGUAAAAAUCAAGACAUUUCUUGAUUGGAACCCCGGUUUAUUUGAUAAUUAUCUGGAUCGGGUCAGACCCAAAUCAGAACCGGUCACAUUUGUUCGACCCAGUGAAAGACUAAGACAAUUCUUGGAAGAGGAGAGUAGGAUUUUUGUUAAUAAUGAACCUUUAUUGGUUUCUAAAUUAUGCAAACUUUUGAUGAUGUCUAAGGAUAAGGUUGUAAGUGCAGAUAAAUUGGUACAGGUGAAGAGGGAAUUCGGGUUCCCGAAUGAUCUUUUGGUAAAUUUAGUGCCAAAAUAUCCAGAAUACUAUAACUUAAUUGGUGAACCUGGGGAAGGGAAAUCAUUUUUGCAAUUGGUUAGGUGGAACCCAGAGUUUGCGAAGUCGGUGAUUGAGCUAAGAGCUGAGGAAGAAUCAAGGUUAACAGGAAUCAGAACUAGACCAGCAUUUAACUGGAAACUUCCACCAGGUUUUUUCAUUAGGAAGGAGGUGAGAGAGUGGAUUCGAGAUUGGAUGGAGCUCCCUUAUGUAUCACCAUAUGCUGAUGUAUCACAUUUGGAUCAAUCUUCACGAGAGAUGGAGAAGAGGAACGUGGGGGUUUUCCAUGAGUUGCUAUCUCUUUCUCUUUAUAAGCGGGUUCCCAUCCCCAUUUUAGGCAAGUUUAGUGAUGAAUAUAGGUUUUCAAAUGCAUUCUCGAAUGUAUUUACUAGGCAUUCGGGGAUAUUCUAUACUUCAUUGAAGUGUGGGAUUAAAACCUCAAUGCUUAGGGAAGCAUACAAGGAUGGUGAGCUGAUAGAUCGAGAUCCACUUCUUGAGAUUAAGGACAAAUUUCUUGAGUUACUUGCUGAGGGCCACCGGCAGAAAGAUGAGCGCUUGAGAUUGCAGAGAGAGAUGGUUCAGGAGGACAUGAAAAUGAUGGCAGUUAACAAUAAUGAACUAGACUUACACAAAAAUGAAGAGGAGCUAUUGGAUGAGGAGGAAGAUGCAGUGCUUUGAAUGCUAGUUUCAUCUUGAAAGGCAAGCUGGGCAUAAAUAUAAUUGCUAGUGAUGUCAGAACAGGGAGUCCUAGUAUGUAGUUUUGCAAGCCAAAGCCCGAUAUAAUUUCCUGGGUUUUCUGUGAGGGGAUUUUCAUUUUGAUGAUGCUACAUUUCAGAGAAGACUUUUUUUAAUUAUAAAAGAAGCCAAAAGAUGCCUUGCAUGAUUAAGUUGUUUAUAUCAAGUCAUUCUUUUCUCCGCAAACUUAUACUUGCCUUGGGACUUGGGUUUUACCAUACUCUUGUGCAAUUUUUUGUUAUAAUGGUGACUUUUGACUCACAAAGCCGAGAGUUCUGGGAAAUGUGCCACUGCUCAUUUUCAGUUGAAAUUAAUAGAAUGCAUAUGAUCUAGUAGACACUGUGUUGCAAAGCAACUGCAUCAUUUCAAUUUUCCGGGACAAUUUGUUGACAAACCCAGCUUCAUAAGCUGAUAUUCAUUUCUGGACUUUCUGAUUUUAGCAAGUUCCCUUCCUGCCUCCCGGUCUGCCCAUAUUCAAUAGAUAACAAAUCUAUGCACCAAAAUAUGGCAGAUGGAUCUGGAUAUUUGUCCUAGAAGCCCUCUAGCAAUUGUUACUUUCAUCUGGUUCAUCAUGCAUGGUUCAGUUAAUAGUUGCAACUUGCAAACAGUUGAGAGAACCUACAUAGCUUCUGAACUGAGAUUCUACGUCUCCACAUCAAAACAGAAUGCUCUGCUGCUGAUUAGGGUCACCAAAAGGACAAAUUCCAGCAGGAAGGAGGGAAGAUCCAGUGGGCAUCUUCAAUUCAAUGUCGAUGGUUGCAUUGGAAGGGAGAAUUUGAGCAUUGAGGAUGAAGAAUUCACAAUAAAAUUUGAGUGGUGCAAUAUGGAUUAUGGUAUUCUGUUGCCAACCUACAAAUAUAACCUGGCUUUGUAGACGAGGCAACCCUCGUAUAGACUCAGUGCAUAAUGAAAUGUUGUGAUUCUAGGAUCGUGGAACUAGAGAUGUAAUAUGAGGCGAUAAAAUCUUUUAUCAUACCGAAGCUUCUUACUCCAAAAGUAAAUAAAUAGAAGAGUGAGGAGGGUUUUUUGGGAUUAGCACAUUUUUUGACAAUAUGAACUAUCCUGGUGUCAUCAUAGCUGCCAGAAACUAUCUCAUGUAUUUGCUUCUAAAUUUCUUGAAAGUACUAAUAUUUUACGAUCUCAAAGUUUCCUGAGGAGUUACAAUUUGUAAUUUGAUUUCAUAAAGAUAGUUGAGGGCUGUAGGUAGUGGACCUGCAUUUAUCUCUUGGUAUUGGAUGUAUGUUAUGUUUAUCGCAUACUCCUUGAUCCUGCUAUACGUCAUUUUUCUUUUUCCGUUUCCAAAAUUUUGUUCAUAAGAAUUUUUUGCAACAUCUACCCAAGCUUAUCUAUUUAGGGGUGUAGGCACACAUUUGUACCUCAAUAAUGCUGACCUAUGUACUCAUGCCACGGUUUGUGUUUGUGCAGUAAACAGAGUUACUUUUGUUUGUUCAAACCCUUUUUUUAAUCACCAAGGCUUACAGUCUACUGGUGAUAUCAAUGGGAGUCUGCCACCCAAUAAGUGUGAGUUUAAUUCUUGCUAUCGUCCUCCCCCUUGCUUGAUCCCCCAAUGUAAUAGAAAUUCUUAUCGUAUUUGAGCACUCUUAGAAAUAAAACCCAGGCCCUUCUCAUUGUGAAUGAUAUAUCUUAUAGUUUGCUUUGUCUUUAUGUUUUUCAACAGCUAAUGUUUUUGUCUAAUUCUUUAUAUCAUAGGCUUUUACUUAUUCGUAGAGAUCUUUGAUUUUGGAACACGAUCUGAUCCUAUGAUCUAGCUGAUAACAUUGUAGACGGUCAAAUAGUUUUGGAAUAAUAAGCUUAUCAGAAACAUUGGAUAUGGUAAAAUCUCCCUAUGGCAUUUCUCAUUCUGGCAUGACUUGUCCCCUUCCUCAACAGGUCCUAGAUAAGGAGUACUGGAAAUACACAACAAAAGGAGGGACUUUUAAUAUUUCUGUUUAUUUGUUUAUUUUUUAUCAGUUAGGAAGGUUUCAGUUGAAUCAAUUUUUGUCUUUCUCAAGUAAACAUUACUUGAGAAGAAAAGCACCCUUCACACAAAAAGAAUGAGGCUUUCUCAACCAUGGACCUAAUAUGCUCUACUGUAUGUACCAUAUCUGUUUUUCAACCUUUUUUGGCUGAUGAAACCUGAAAAUCAAUACCUAACUUGAAUAACAUGAAAAACUUGUGAAUGCAGGUUUAGUCUAUAUAAGUGAAACUAAAGGAUAGACUCUUGGCAGGAGGUAAGUACUUGACUUGCUAGCUGUUAGUGAGGAACAUAACAGAAGACCUUGAAAGCUGUUUUUGUUCCUAGUGUCAGUAGAAGAACGUUCUGUCAAUCAGGGAGAUGGACAUACAUAGCAUCCCGAAGAUAGUAUUGAUUGUGGUAUUAUUCCUAGUGGUGCACCCAAGUGGAUCAAGAAGCCAAUGGGUGACUAACCAACCUAGUCCUCUUUGUCCCUCUCAAUUUGCACUAGUGAAUCAUGCAUGUUCGUUGCUCCCAUUUGUUCCGGUGUCUCCUCCAUCUCCACCAUCAUCCCCUUCUUUGCUAGUAGCCCCACCUCCUCCUCCCAGCCCUCCAGAAAGAAGACACAGACACAGGCAUGAUCGACACCACGGGCAUAGGGAAAGUUCUGCAGAAGAGAACUGCUGCAGGUGGAUGAGACAAGUCGACAGCGAAUGUGUGUGUGAUCUGCUGAUUCGUUUGCCUUUGUUCCUGUCUAGGCCUGUCCACCAGUACACAAUCAUGGUUGAUCCAGCUUGCAAUAUUACGUUCGAGUGCGGUUCGAGGGUUGAGAAUCAUAUGUUAACCCCUUUCCCCUGAUACUCCAUCUCAAUACACCUUGACUUGUGAUGUUUUAAGUUUAUUAACUACAUCUUGAAAUUAAAAAAAAAGUUAAGAAAGUAGAGUAACCUAGUAUUUUCGUUUAAUGCCUUAUGAAAAUGUAUGUAAUGUGUAGCUGAAGUAAAAGAAAUAAAAGUUAUGUAUCCAUCUUCAUCAAAA